AUGCUCGGCCACCGCUUCCCCGCCGCGCUCCGCCUCCCGCGCUGUCUGCUACUGCGGAGGAGGAGGGGCAUCAUCGCCCGCCGCGGCCUGUCCGUCAUGGCCGGAGGCGAGGCGGCGGAGGGUCCGCUCGGGGGCUUCUUCGAGUACAUGGAGCGGCUGCGCAACUACGAGCGCUCGGGCUUGCCGCGCGGCGCCGGCACCGACUCCGACGACGGGUUCGACCUCGGGCGCAUGCGCCGGCUCCUCCGCCGGCUCGGCGACCCCCACACCCACUUCCCGGCUGUGCAUAUCGCCGGCACCAAGGGGAAAGGUUCUACUGCUGCAUUCCUGUCCAAUAUCAUGAGGGCGCAAGGCUACAAUGUGGGCUGUUAUUCCAGCCCACAUCUUCUAACGAUACGUGAACGGAUUUCUGUUGGAAAUGAUGGAGGCCCUGUUCCAGUACGACUGUUGAGUGAUCUUUUUGAUGAGGCUAAGGAAGCUAUUGAUGAAGCAAUAGAGUCGGAAAAUGGAUCCCUGACACAUUUUGAGGUUUUUACUGCUCUCUCAUUUCUUCUAUUCUCACAAGAAAAUGUUGACAUUGCCAUCAUCGAAGCAGGUCUUGGUGGAGCUAGGGAUGCAACAAAUGUUAUUCGAAGUACUGAAUUAGCAGCAUCUGUCAUAACAACAGUAGGGAGGGAACAUCUGGUUGCAUUGGGUGGCUCCCUGCAAAGCAUAGCAAUAGCAAAGUCUGGAAUCAUCAAACAAGGACGACCAGUUGUGAUUGGUGGACCAUUUGCAGCAGAUAUUGAGCAAAUUAUUCGUGACAGGGCAUUCUUGACACAAUCUCCCGUGAUAUCUGCUUGUGAUCCUGGCAUGAAGAGCUUUACAAAAUGCAUAAAUUGGGAUAAUGGUAAGCCAUAUCAACGCUGUUACAUCAACAUAAAGAUUUCAAAUGAUGUGCCCUUGUGCAUUGAAAUGCAUGACAUAAACCUCCAACUGCUGGGACAUCAUCAGCGUCAGAAUGCUGUCACAGCUGCUUGCGCAGCUCUCUGUCUCCGUAGUCAAGGAUGGGAUAUCUCUGAUGCUUCUAUCCAAGCGGGCCUAGAGGAGACCCAACUUUUUGGGAGGAGCCAGUUUCUGACAGCAGAGGAAGCCUCAGUACUUGGGUUCGAUGGUGCAUCUACUGUACUAAUCGAUGGAGCCCAUACCGAGGAAUCUGCAAAGGCCUUAUCAGGCGUGAUAAAAACUGUCAGGCCAGAAGGGCCUCUAGCGCUUGUUGUCGGAAUGGCUAGUGACAAGGAGCAUCUCGCGUUUGCUGAGCAGCUUCUCUCAGGUCAAACGCCCGACGUCGUGCUACUGACGGAGGCGAGCAUCGCUGGAGGAACCUCCCGCGCGAUGCCAGCCUCGUCCCUGAAAGAAGUAUGGAUAGCCGCGGCGCGCGAUCAUGGCAUCGAGUGCGUGGACAUCGGUGGCAUCAGUGCCGGUGCUAAAACCCCAGAGCACAUUGGUGAUCUGGUGGGCAGUCCAUCGUCAAGUUCCGGAAGAAAGCCCAUGGUGAUCGGGUGCCAAGACGAGGGGGCGCCGUUCUCCUCGAACCUGAUCAUUGCUGCCUCCCAGCUCCUGGAGAGCAGAGGCGGGGCUCCUCCAGGCCUCAUCUGCGUGACCGGCUCCCUGCAUCUCGUCGGGGCCGUACUGCAACAGCUGGGACGGCAUUAG